GCUCCGUUUUGCUUUAAAAAAAAGGAGAAAAACAGGAGGAGAGAAAAAAGGCGCCCCUUUAACCGAUCUGGGAAGAGAAACAGCAGAGAAAAUAAGCUAAAGAGUGAAGCAAAUAAGAACCGAAUCGGACCUGACAGGAAUUACUCAGCUCCCUUGGGCAUCGUAAGGAAAAAAAGGGAUUUGUUUGGCUACAUGUUUGGUAGUCUGCUUUUCGGCAUAGAAGAGUGGGUUUAUCUUUUGAAGGAUAUUUUGGGUUUCAAGUUGGUGAUUUUGGGAUGAAUAACAACAGUAACAUUCCCAAGACUUUUGGGGCUCCAUCCCAGUUUGGGAAUUCCGGGACGGUGGCUAAACCGCAAUCAAUUCCCAUAAACAAUCAGCCUCAUCCAGUGCAAGGUGGGCCUCAGUUUCCGGGUCACUUUCAAUUUUCUGAGCCUCAAGCACAGGUGCUUGCACGGGCACAAUACGCCCAGGCUCAUGCUCAACCGCAGGUUCAGCCUCAUGUUGCCGCUCAUUCCCAAUUCCCAGCUCAAGUGCACUCGCAAAACGCUAGUAAUAGUAACGCUGCAUCCAUCCCUUCCCCUUUGGUUACCACCCCUGGCUCAGGAAGUGUCAAGCGGUCUUCUCAGAAGCCACCUUCAAAAAAUUCUGGUUCAUCUAAUAGUAGUAUGGCUUCUCUGUUUAAAACAACGGAGUUAACCCCGGCUGCUCCUAGAAAAAAGCAGAAGCUUCCGGAGAGACAAAUACCUGAUAAGGUGGCUGCAAUAUUACCGGAGUGUGCUCUAUAUACUCAGUUUCUUGAAUUUGAGGCUAAGGUGGAUGCUGCUUUAUCGAGAAAGAAGGCUGACAUUCAACAGUCUCUUAAAAACCCUUCCUGUAUUCAGAAGACUCUUAGAAUAUAUGUUUUCAACACGUGUUCCGAUCAGGGAACGACCGACCCUGACCAGAAGAGCACUGAGGCUCCAUCAUGGUCACUUAAGAUUAUUGGUAGGAUAUUGGAAGAUGGGAAAGACCCAGUUCUGGCCGGAAAGGUACAGAAAUCAUACCCGAAAUUCUCGUCUUUCUUUAAGAAAAUUACAAUAUACUUGGAUGCAAGUCUCUAUCCAGAUAACCAUGUGAUUUUAUGGGAGAGUGCUCGAUCUCCUGCCCUUCACGAGGGGUUUGAGAUGAAGAGGAAAGGAGACAAGGAAUCUACUGUGAGAAUAAGAAUAGAAAUGAAUUAUUGUCCCGAAAGAUUUAAACUCUCUCCUGUUCUCACAGAACUUUUGGGAAUUGAAGUGGAUACACGUCCAAGAAUCUUGGCUGCGAUCUGGCAUUAUGUGAAAUCUAAGAACCUGCAGAAUUAUGAAGAUAGCUCCACCUUUUCAUGCGACCCACCUCUGCAGAAGGUAUUCGGGGAAGAAAAAAUGAAAUUCAUUAUGGUUUCACAAAAGAUAUCACAGUAUUUAACUCCUCUAUCCCCCAUACAUUUGGAGCAUAGGAUCAAGCUUUCAGGGAACUGUCCUAUCGGAUCCAGUUGUUAUGAUGUCCAGGUUGAUGUGCCUUUACCAUUAGAAAUGGAAAAGUCUGCAUUCUUGGCGGACAUGGAAAAGAACAAAGAAAUUGAUGCUUGCGAUGAAGUGAUUUGUACCGCCAUAAAGAAAAUGCAUGAGCAUUGUCGAAGACGAGCUUUCUUCCUCGGUUUCAGCCAGUCUCCUGCAGAAUUUAUUACUUCUUUAAUUUCUUCCCAAGGCAAGGAUUUGGAGCUUUUUGCUGGAGAAGCUAACCAUAAUGCUGAGAAGGAGCGGCGAUCUGAAUUCUAUAACCAACCAUGGAUUGAAGAUGCUGUAAUCCGGUACCUGAACCGCAAGUCUAUUGGAGGAGACUCUAUUGGAAGUACUUGAGCAGGUUUUUUUGGAAUGAUUGACUGUUUGUAAGAAUCCCAAGGCUUCUAAAGUUAUAUAACUUCUGGCCUGCAUAGUAUUUCUAAUUGGUUCUGGAUGCCACUAAAAAGGAAACUAUCCUGAGGACUUUGGGAGGAAAUUUGGAUCGAAAAUUUCCUCCCAAAGUUAUCCAAAUUCACCACGGAAUUCCAACUCGGUUCGCAUACAUAUUUGCUUCUUUUGUUGUAUUUUUCUAAUGCAAAAUGCUUAGGUGGUCAACCCCUUGCAUUAUUUCUGAAUUCUCCCAAUCAUCUCCGCUCUGGUUUCCAUGCCGUUUGAUUCACCGAACCCUCUAGAAUAUAUCUGUUUUGCUAUUCUGCUUUAGAGUGAUUCUUAUCAUGGAAGGACAGAGGAGGAAGCACACUAGUAAUGUAAGUUGAUUUGUUUUCUUUUAGGUGUAGUUUUAACUUUGAACAGAACCAGUAUUGUAUCCUUUUAGUUUCCUAAUCAAUAUUUCAUUUAACCUGGGAAAGGGACA